GCCGGGGGGUCCCGGUCCCGGGCCAGGCCCUCGGGGGCGUGUCUCCCCCACCCAGGCGAGGCUGCUCCGAGAGGCGGGCAGCGGGUGCACGGGGGCCGCAGAGAGCGGGCGGCGGCGAGCAUGGAGCGCGAGCUGGAGGCGCUGGCGGCGCGGCCCGCGCGCCCGGCCGAGACGCCCUUCCAGGCGCUGGUGGAGGCGGCUGGGGGCCGCGGGCAGGUGCUGCUGGUGGGCGAGCUGUGGGAGCGCGAGCAGAGCCGCGCACUCCUGCGGGACUUUGCCCGGGCCGUGUUCCCACCCGAGCCGGCGGCGGCCAAGCCGGGCGGAGCGGCGACCGAGGGCGCGGGCCCCGGGGCGGCGCGCUGGGCUCAGAGGGCGCCGGGGGCGGCGGCGCGCGCCAUCCGUUCGCCGCUCGUCUUCGUGCUGUGCCGCGAGUCGUCGCUGGCUGCCCGGGAGCCGCGGCGCCGCCUGCGGGAGAUGCUGCGGGACGUGCGCGGCCGGCGGCGAGCAGGCGGGGCACUGGUCGGGGUGCUGGUGGCGGAGGCCGGGCCGGAGGACGCGGUGGCGCUGGGACUGCGGCUGCUGGAGGCGCUGCUUCGUACGGUGUUCGGCCGCCAGGCAGGGGGUCCGGUGCAGGCGGCCGCCUACUGCCCCGGCUACCCGGCCUCUAGUCUGGCCGUCCAGGCGGCCGCCUGCAGGGCCCUGCAAGCCGCCGGGCCCCGGCGACCAGCAGAAGGACCGGGCCUUCCAGGACUGUUGGCCUGCUUUUCCUGGGGUCCCUGGAGCCGGAGGAAGGACCGAGAUGUUGCUGUUUCCAGCCUCCCAGCUCAGGAUAAUUCCCAGGAGCCUGAAGAGGAGCUCGCACUAACAGCCGUAUUUCCCAAUGGAGACUGUGAGGACCUUGGAAGGGGGUCAAAAGCCCAGGAUGGAGUCAUCCACACUCCUGCUGAGCCUGCUGGAGACUCGAGAUGAAUGAAGGCUGGACCCUUGGGCUGUCCCUGGUUCUAACCUACACCUACAGGGCUGUCCUGGCUCUCUCUCUGAUCCCCCACGUCUCCAUGUUGGCCUUAGCCAGUGGUAUCUACAACAACCCCACCUGCUGGGGGGCUGCAACAUUCAGAGUUACCAGCUAGACAGAGGGACUUAUUAAGAUAAGCUGGACCCAGAAAAAUGUAUCCCCUGGGAACCUACUCCCCACUUAGCAUGUGCUCACUUUGUGAUUGCAGGGAGGUUACUUUGUCUCUCUGGGCCUUGCUUUCUCUGAGCCAUUGAGACAGAUGACUUUCUGCUUUGAGGCUGUGCAGUGCUGUGGGACCCCAUGGUGUGUUCGCAUGCUCUGGCUCUGUACAGGAGCAUUCAUUGUUUAGAGUACAGCUGGAAAGAACUGUAGACCAGAAGUCAUCAGGUCUGAGGCAUAGCCUUGGACAUGUCACUCAUUCUCUGGGGCUUCUGUUUCCCAAAUGCAUGAGGGGGCUACCAACCCAGAGGCCUUCAACUGGGCACAGGCUGUCCCUCCAAGCAAUGCUGGAAAUGUAUGUGUUGGGGGAGGUCACUGUGACUGUGGGGCACCCCCAGCAUUUUGUGGGUAUUCCACAAAGGGCAGGACGGCCUCCAACAACAUAGACUGAGUCUACUUAAAAUGCCAAUCAUGUCACCUUUGAGGAAACUCUGCAUGAGCCAACUUUUCCUCUCUGUCAACAAGCGCCCCAGAGCAGAGAGGGUCUGGUCUUCAGGGACUGGGCUCCCAGGGCAAGCCAGAAUAAAGAAAGACCACACUGUAGCCUUGGGGAUCCACUGAGCCAGGGCUGAGAAAGUCAGUGUGGUGCAGGGCCAGGACAGAAAUAGCUGUGCACACCUGUGAGAAGAAAGAGCCUUUUUCUUUCUCAUGCUGACCUUGACUUUCUAUGCCAAGUCCUUUAAGGAUAAGAAUAUUGGGAAGUACCCAUGGCACCAAAAAGAAGGAGAGCUAGGAGUGUGAGAUGCUUGAGCAUAGGACUUGCUCUAGAUGACAGUCCUAGCCCAAAUUCAAAGUAGACACAGCCCAGAGGUUCCUGAAUCUUUUCUUCUGUGUCUGAGCCUAAGAGUGGGGAGGGCUGUCUGUCUACUCAUAGCAGAAGCUCUGCAUCACCUCCCUGGUCUUUUUUACCUGCCCCUGGAGAAAUCUAGACUCUUUGGAAUGGCAAAAGCAGCUCCUGAUCUUCCUAGUGGGAAGCACAGUCCGAGGGAAGUAGCCGCAUACAUUCACUCACUUGUGCGUGAUUCCCUCUGCAACAUACACAUACUGUGUGCUCCGUGCCCUGUGAAGUGCUGCAUAACUUAGGCCAUCCCAGCUCUCCCUGUGGUAGUGUAAGCUGUGUGAUAUGAACAUGCUUUUGGUUGAGGGUCUCUAUGACAUUAAGGAGGGGCCCUCCUUGCUCUAUGCAGUUUCUUCUCAGUUUCUUCUUCAUAAUAAGGAGCCUCAUCCUAGCCCUGCCUCAUGGAGAUAGUGUGAGGACAAGCAGGAUGACAUCUUUACAUUUGAGGUUGUUUUUCAGGAGGCUUCAUUUUAAUAAUGCAGGGCUGCCAGGCGUGGUGGCAUGCACCUGUAGUUCCCAGCUAUGCAGGAGGCUGAGACAGGAGGAUCAUUUGAACGUAGGAGUUCAAGGUUACUGUGAGCUAUGAUUGCACCUGUGAAUGGGUACUGCACAGCAGCUGGGUGACAUCAAGACCCUAUCUCUAAAAUUAAAAAAAGUAAUAAUGUAAUGCAGGGGUGCCUCACCAACAGACUGACCCAGCUGGCCUCCUGCAUAAUAAUGAACUCAAUGAAUUUUGACUCAUUGUUUUUAAUUGAUUUUGUUUUGAAAUGAGGAGACAUAUAUUUUUGAAGCUGCUAUAUUUUUCUAUUUCUCUAUUUCUUUGUACUAAUUGGGUUGAAGUUUAAUGAUUUGAUGGGGGAGGGAGGUUUUUUAAUUUAGAAAUUUGUCUAAGGCAGAAGUUAUGAGAUGCCCAAAUCUUGCAUUUGUUGCCAAUGUUUGGAACUUGGGAAGUUGCACAUAAAAAAAAGUAAUAAUCGAGUUUUCUGGGUGGAGGGUGGGGCAUGUCUCCAGUUUGCUGCGUUUCCCCACCCCCUUCCACCUCUGGUCCCUCUCACUCCCUGCCUACCCCCCACCCCCUACUGCCCUUCACUUGUAGAGGACACCUGCCCACCUGCCUAUGCCGGGCUGGGUGGGCGUUGGAGCCUGUAGCCUUUCGUCUAAUGGUGGUUUACACAUUGUCUUUUCAUUACCUUCAGUGUUUCCUAUGAAUAGUUGAAGAGAGAAAGUCUGUUUACUGAAAUGGGUUCCGCCUCCCAAUCGACAAAACAGGCCUGAGCUUGUCUCGGCUUCCUUGAGAUGGCUACUGUGGGCACCGUCUUUAUAGGGACAGAUUCUGUUAUUUUCUAGCAAACAGGUACCAAAAGGGAUAACCUUGGUGAUAAGUGUCUUCUCUGAAGGACUUUAAGAAGGCCCAAAGGUUGGGGUGGGUCUGUUUAUGGGAGGAGACCCUGGAUUAGGUCAGGAGUCCCAGGAGCAGUCAGCAGCAGGCCUCCAGCAGGGUCACAGUCUGGGCUCUCAAGUGCUCAUCUUUCUAAUACUGCAGGGUUGUGCCCCUUCUGACUUGAGUUGAUAGUUCAUUCUAUCUAAUAAAAUCAAACAAUAUCUUAUUGGUAUCUAAUCAAAAACA